AUGCCACAACAUCUAACACUCCUGCUGGACUGUCCUCUUGUCAUCGCCGCCAUCUUUACACUGGGCAUUGGCGGGACAUUUCAGUACGGAUUCUGCAUAUCUGUGGUCGCGUCCUCCUCCACUUACAUCAAGGAGCUGCUAAACCAAACGUGCCUACAAAGAUAUGAAGUCAGACUGACACCAUGGCACAUCUCCCUCAUCUGGUCCUUCAUUGUCUCCCUUUUUUGCGUGGGCGGGUUGCUGGGCACGCUCUUGGCGCCUCCAAUCUUCUCCAAGUACGGAAGAAGAACGUGUCUUCUACUCAACAACCUGCUGGCGAUAAUGGGAGCUGUGCUGAUGCUCUGCAGCUGAGCAGCCGCGUCCUUUGAGAUGAUCAUGGCCGCCAGGCUUCUGUACGGCAUCAAUGCGGGAGUCAGUCUCUCCACUCAAUCCGUGUACCUUGUUGAAUGCGCCCCGAAGACGCUGAGAGGGAUGGUAGGCGUCACCAUUGCCACCUUCAUCGCUGCAGGGAAGUUCACUGGUCAGCUGCUGGGGAUCAGCGAGCUCCUGGGCACUGAGGAGCGAUGGCACUUCCUGCUGGCCUUCAACGCUCUGCCGGCCUUGUUUCAGCUCCUCACCCUCCCUUUCCUGCCAGAGUCGCCCAAGUUCCUGCUCCUGGAGCAAGGAGACCAGCAGGCCUGCCAGAAAGCUGUGACCAGGCUGUGGGGAAAGAAGGACCACAGAAGGGAGCUGGAGGACAUGUUGGAGGAAAAAGCUGCCCUCCAGAACGUCACCAGCCGCUCCGUGAUGGAGCUCUUGCAGGAUGGAAGCAUACGCUGGCAGCUCAUAACCAUCGUGGUGACCUUCAGCUCGCUACAGCUCUGCGGCAUCAACGCAGUGUACUUCUACUCCGAUGAGGUGUUUGCAGCAGCAGGAAUCCAACAACAACAGUUAGCCUACGCUGCUUUGGGAACCGGGCUGUGUGAGAUGAUGGCCUCCUUGGCGUGCUUUGUGAUUAUCGAGAGUGCCGGGAAGAAAGUCCUCCUCUCCAGAGGAUGUCUGGCCAUGGCUGCUGCACUCGCCCUCCUCACUGUCACUCUUCAUCUCCAGCAACACAUCUACUGGAUGUCCUACUGCAGCAUGGUCCUCAUUUUUACCUUCAUUGCCCUUUUUUCCACUGGACCAGGAGGAACAACCGCUCCUCUUCCGGGUGUAAUUUUCACUCAGGCGUAUAAAUCGUCCGCAUACUUGGUGGCCUGCACCAUCAACUGGACGGGCAUGUUCACUGUGGGGAUGGUUUUUCCCAUCUUAGUGGAGAAUCUGGGCUCCCUAUGCUUUAUCCUGUUCCUGUUGAUGUGUUUGUGUUGCGGUCUGUACGUGCUCUUCCAUGUCCCAGAGGUGAACAACAAGACGCCUCUGGAGAUCGCCACAGACUUCCAGCGGCUGCACAACAAGUCCCCUUUAAGUCCCCUGAUGUCGCCAAAACACAGCAGACCAAAUUUUAGAUUUAUAAAAAUAAAAAUAAGAUAA